ACCAAACCCCAAAAUAGGAUGCCAUGAAUGGUCAUGGUGGUUUGGAUCAGGAGAAAAGACAUAUUCUUUAUCUUUUAAUUCCAGGUGCAUGAUCACAAGACGUCGUCUUCAUUUGGUAGAGCUGAAAUUGUGGUUGAAGACCAGCAUUUCAAUUAUUUCCAGCUAUAUGACGAGUUGCGUAAACUCACACCAAAGAGCUCACCAUCAGAUAAUCUUGUAAAUGCGCCAUACUUUCUGGGCCAUAAUGGCAAGGCUGUGUUGAAACCAAGCUGCGAGUUAACUGAGGCUUGGCGAGCAUGUGGGCUGCAGGGAGGGGUCUCUACGAGAAGCAUCCGAAAGACAGUUGCCUCAGCGGCACGGGAUGAGAUGUCUGCGGAGUGGCGCAAGAAGGUGGCAACCUUCAUGUGUCAUUCCGUAGAAACUGCCGAGCAUUACUACACGGCAAGAUUUAAGACUUCCCAAAACAUCGAAUGCCGCGAUAAGGUGUGGAGUCUUCUUCUUGGACAGCAGCCAGAAAUGCAGGAGCAGACUGCUCCUGAACAUCCUGUAGAUGUCCAUGUAGAGGUCCAUGCUGGACCAUCAACGAGUCAGACGACCGCCCUAAAAAGUGCAGGCAUGAAGAAGAGGAAGGCCCAGGGAAAUACACAAGCCAACAUCCCCUCUGAGUCUGCUCCUGAGACCUGUGGCCAUGAGGAAGGUCACGAGCUUUCUCAACAAAAGGAAGUAAAAAAGCCAAGAUCCCGCUUCGUACUAACAUCAGUGGAGCUUGAGGACAUGAAGAGGACAAUCAUGGCUGUCAUGAAUCGGACAUGCUCAGUAGUCAAAAAACCAAAAUUCAGGGAUAUAACCAACGAGGCUUAUAAAAUAAUAAUGCCUAGUACGAGAGAUAAGAUUACUAGUCAACAAUUUUAUGACAAGGCCAGAAACUUGGGUCUGCGAGAAGAGAUCUGGUGAAAUGUGACAAGAUCUGCCGCAAGUGUUGGAAGUCAAUGAGCCCACAUCAAGCAUUACGUCUUACCCCCGUUUGGGAACGGACCGCAGAUCAGAUUGCAAACUGCGGUAUUUUACCCCAUUUUGCAUUUGAAAAUCUAAAACAUAAUUUCCAAGCCCUGGGGGUCUUUUCAUAAAGCUGUUCGUAAGUUAAGAGCGACUUUAACAACGACUGGUGAUUAUCGCUAAUGGUUUGUACCAUUUACCGCAAGACAUGAUCACUAAUCGCUCUUAACUUACGAACAGCUUUAUGAAACAUCCGCCUGAUCAACCCCGCUUGGCCAGGUAAUCCCCACAGGCCAGAUUAUGAGCGUUGAGCCAAGAACGAAAUGAUAAACAACAGCUGUGCUAUUACGUAAGUCUUCUCUGCCUGUAGAAGGACCUUCGGAAUUAAAUAAUUGUAUUCGAUAUUUAAUCACGUUUUCAAAGGCAUAUUGUAUUCAGAAAGUUAAUGCUAGCCCAUUUUCAAUUUCGAACGAAGAAAAUCAACCUUGAAAUAAGGAAAGUAAGUGAAUAAAAAAUGGCGACAUGUUUUCCAGGACCGCACUCGGGCUGUUGUGUUAUCUUCGGACCGAGGUAAAGAAAUAGGUGUUUUGAUACUUACAUUGCAUGCUUUGGGCAGUAGGGUUUUCGUACUUGAAGAGAAUUCAUUGAGAAAAUCCGGGGUAUAGUGUUAUCAAAAGGAGGUUUUUCGUCAUGAGUUUGAGAACAUUGAGGCCCGAAUUUUCAAAGGUGGUUUUGAAAACCCACGGUUGAGUCCAUGGUUUAUGCAGAUUUCCUGUUUAAAUUACGCUUAAUUUAGCGCGUAUUGGGCGUGUGUAUAAAAAAUGUUCAAUGCUGAUGCGCGCAUUUGUCACAAUGCGCCAAAUUGACGCCUGUUACCAUGGUUAGAUACGCUAUUUUAUUCAUAAGUCCACUGUUUGAAGAGUGGACUCAUGAAUAAAAUAGCGUAUCUAACCAUGGUAACAGGCGUCAAUUUGGCGCAUUGUGACAAAUGCGCGCAUCAGCAUUGAACAUUUUUUAUACACACGCCCAAUACGCGCUAAAUUAAGCAUAAUUUAAACAGGAAAUCUGCAUAAACCAUGGACUCAACCGUGGGUUUUCAAAACCACCCUUGUGAAUUCGGGCCUGAAGGUUACCGCCCUAUAGAAGUAUACUUAGUGUUUUGUACAUAAAAACCUUUGAUUAUUGCAGUUCCUCUGAUUGUUUUAUUUCACAAACAAGUUAUUUGGAUUGUGAUUGCAUCUGAUUGAUUUCAAAUAGAAGAUUUCCAUUUCUGCAUAUUGCAUUAAUGAGUCACUGAGCAUGAAUGGUUAAAUCCAAGCAAAAUAUUAAUUUUCCCAUAUCCAAGAUGAUGAUUAAAUCAUUGGGAUGCCUUUAUUUUGGUUUAGCUAGAGGUAAGGUUACCAGAUUAUUAUUAGAUACCAGUGGAACCUAUUACAUGUAAAGCCAGAGGUGUCAAGGAAUGAUAUGAUCGUGUACUCUUAUAUUUGCUAUUUUUCAGUUCUUUGAAUACACGCUCGUAUUUUCUGAUGCUUAGAAGAAAAGUAUACAAUGCAAGGUAUUAUACCCAUGAAAAUGAGCAUUUGAUAUACAGGUCAAUUAAAUGGACACCUUAAAAUAUUAUGUGGCCAUGCGUUUUGAGUGAGGCCCAUUUCCAUUACAACUCGAAUUUUCCUCCAAAAUCGCACUGUUUCAUAAAAUUGCAUUUGUUUUCUUAUGUAUGACAUCCUAUACCCAUAAAAGUAUAUAUAUACUUGAAAGGAAAUUAUCUGAGGAAUUCAAAAAUGCAAUCAGAAAAGGCAUACGGUAAUGACAUAAAAAGUUUUAGGUUAAAAUAUGUGGAAAACUGUGAAAAAAAAAUACUUCCCAAUAAAUCUGAGAAUCAGAUAAACUCUACACCCUAUAGGGAAAUAACAUGCAUAUUUCAACUCUUUAGAGUGAGACCUUUCCAGUGAUAUAUAACUUGUUAGGGAUAACUCUACCAAAAUAAUUGGGCACGAUCAUCUGUAUCAAUGUGUAUCAAUGCUUGAUUUACCCCUAAAAUAUUAUGUAGUCUUGCCUUUAGUUGCAUAAAUACACUUGCAAACACUAAGCAGUAUAUUAUAAUAUAUUUACUGUGGUUAUUAUGAUAUUAUGAAUAAAAAAUGAUUUCAUUUGACUCAAAUCGUGGGAUUUGUCACCUCUUGGCUCAAAGACCAAUGGACCACAGGUUGACAAACUGAGAGUCAAGUUUAACAUAUAAAUACAGAAAAAAUGUGAAUGCACAAUGAAAAGUUCUUAUUACUGCUUUAGCUUAUUCAAACUUAGUGUGAACAUAAACAACUAACAUGUUAUAAAUAAAUCUAUACGCCUGGUAAAAAUACUUUAUGUUAUUCUAUAGUGUUAUAUUUUAAAUAUAUCCUCUUAACAUUCUGCAGGACAUGGUCUCUUGGUACUGGGUCAAUUGAAUGUCAAUGCACAAAACACAUUGUAUGGGUACAAUUGCCUCUGUUUAGUGUGAUCUUGUACCAGUUUCAUUCUCAAGUAGUUUGUUUGAUAAUUUGGAAUAAUAUUUUCUGAACACUUUUGUGCCAGCCAAAUAUGUUUAAUAUACUGUUUCACAGACACAGUGUGAUGUAUCAUUAAGAAAAAAGGUAAAUAGCAUCAGAUGAGGGCUUUAUUGCUACAAACAAGUUUUCAUUGAUUAAAAUUGCAUUAAAAGGUGUGUUUGCUUUCUGUUAUGUUGUUUGAUAAUUUGGAAUAAUAUUUUCUGAACACUUUUGUGCCAGCCAAAUAUGUUUAAUAUACUGUUUCACAGACACAGUGUGAUGUAUCAUUAAGAAAAAAGGUAAAUAGCAUCAGAUGAGGGCUUUAUUGCUACAAACAAGUUUUCAUUGAUUAAAAUUGCAUUAAAAGGUGUGUUUGCUUUCUGUUAUGUUACCGGAAUAAUCUGAAGAUUCUGACACAUCAAAGUUAUCACUGUCAGUCUACGCUGUCAAAAUUAAAACCAUGAGGUCAUAAUUAACAAUUGAUUGAUUUAUCUCUGAAGUCUUUAUUAGUUUGUGCUUUCUUUUUGAAAUUUUUGCAGCUUCUAAAUUUUAUUGAAGGUGUAACCCACAACUAUAUUUUUCUCCUCAUUUCCUAUACAUCAGUCACAAUUUCAAUUGUGUUAAUUUCAUGAUUUACAUCAAUUAAUUAUAGUAAUUAGCUUGAUUACGUAUCCUUUAAACUUAAAAGUUCAAAUUUGACCCACUUAUGAUUGAAGAAUAAGCCAGUGAGCUAAUAAUAUAUAGCUCUUACAAUAUUAAGAUUCAACCUUAAAGGGUGCAUGCCUGCUCCAUGUCUCUGUAGAAAUGUGAGUUCUAGUGAACUCCUAUAUGAAAGGCCAUUAAUUGUACUGUCUGAUUUUUAAAUAGUUAUUAAUAAAAGACCCAUCUGCUAGAUGUUAACAGAUUCUGAUUCAGUGCUUGUCCCUCUGACUGUGUGACCUCCCUAUCGAACCCACUUGUCCUAACCAGUGAUGACACGACAUUUGCUUCUGUGACACUUGCUCUGGGCUUUUUUUAGUCUAAGAUAAAGGGUUAGGGUUACAAUAGGGUUUUAUGUUGGGCAUAGUGUUAAAUCCAGGGUUGAAGUUAGUUAUUUGGUUAGUGUGAGGAAUUUAAAGCGGAGCAAUUGUCGCCAGAGUAAAUGUCAUGGAACCAUCGUAAUCGGCCCCAUUUCCACACAAGCAGUACACAUCUCCCCUCCCUCCCCCAUACAUUAUAAAUGUAAAUAUUCUGGGAACUUGUGAUGCAAAUGUCACAUUUCGCAUCUCUUGCAGGCAUGUUUGUGUGUGUGUGUGUUUUUCAUGUGUGUGUGCAUAUUUGUUCUUAAGCUAAGGCCCGUAUCACAGUGGUUAACGAUUGAUCCCUAAUUUCAAAGAAACAAUUCUGAUUGAUUUGAUUUAGCAAUUAAUCGCUAACAUUUGUGUUACAGCGCCCAGGUCUAAUAAUGGAAUAGGGAUAAUUAAAGUUGCCUUAAAGAGAAAGAUAAUCAGAUGUCCAGUUUUUUUAUCGCUUGUUUUAAGAAAAAAAAUCCUAUUGACUAAAAACUUUCUGUAGAUUAACCAUGUAACAUGAAAACUUUCAAAUCGUCAUAAAGUCUACAUCUCUUGUUUUAAAACAUUUGUGAAAUGAUGGGCAUUUCUGACUUUCAGUUGACAAUUACGUCACUUUGGUGUGUAAUUGAGAUUGUUGUAUGUUUGUGUGUUUAGGGGUCUUAGGGUAUGUUUACACAUGUGUUGAUGCAUACAUGUUACUUCAUGGCCGAAUAUUCCCGGGGGGAUGGGGUAUGUGUUUUUGAUACAUCCGCGUCCCUUACCUCAUAAAAGUCACCUAACGAGGAUUUUAGCAAGGGAUAAUUUUACACCCUAUUCAGAGCGGCAAACUCUAAAUCACACAUUUUCACACCCUUAAAGAGGAUUUCUAAUCUAGUAAUUUUUGGGGUAUUCAUUUUUAUGGCAUUUACAGCUUCCCAAAAGCCGACCCCAAAAGAAAAAAAAAGAAAAAAAGGCCAAAUAAAAAUAAUUGAGAAAAGGAACCUCUUUAUAUUCCUUAAAGUGUAAAAAAUAACCAGGAUAAAAUAAAAUCUUUGAAAAGAUGAAAGUUUUGAAACAAUUUUCUUUGACUAGGUCUGGAAUCAAACAGAAAUUUGGCAAGGGGCGAUUUUCCCCACUCAGGCAAAAUUUUCCCGCAUUCCAAUCUCCCUCGCUAUUUUAUAUCCUUUUCGUCAAUGACACACCCCCUCCCCUCCCAGGGUGAAUAUUUAAAUGAAAUACUGCACACAUUCAUUAAAAAUACAAAAAGAAACAUACUAUAGGGUAAAUGUUUAAUCCGGAGUAUUAAUCAAACAAAAUGUACUUUAAUGAACCCAACUAAAAUUGUGUCCCAUACUUCCAUUCACAGUCGAAAAUCUGGCACACACUUCCGUCCAAAUGGUUUAACCAUGGGGGCGCCCUUGUUCCCAUUUUACAUCCUUCAAAACUAUCAUCCAAACAAGGCAUUUGGGGGAGAAUUUGAUCGAAAUUUGUCAUUAAUUUCAUAAUAUAGAUUCUAAAGAUGGAAUUCAAAUCAUUUUAUGACGAAUUUUGUUUAACAUUUGUCCACAAACUUAAUCUGAAAAGGUGGCCCACACUUCCCUACCCAUAGUUUUCGUGUACUUCAGUAAGCAAAAACCACAAAAAACAAAAAAAUAUUGCGACAAAUUUAGAGAGUUUCAGAAACAAGUAGCGCUGAUUCUGGAAGAUAUUUGAUAUAUCUACCCCUUCCAACUAAAUUCUCAACCCUCUAAUAUUAAUUUUCGUUUUCUGAAUGGGUUGAAAUUUGUAAAAUGUGGCCCACACUCCCUAAAAUGUAAUUUCAGGAUUUUCCGUUUUUCUCAUUAAAAUUACGGUUUGGGUAGAAAAAAAGAAUGUAGUAUUCAAGAGUAAUGUAUAAAUUAUCUGUUGAGCAUUUUUUGAAUUUUUCAAAUCGAACAGAAAAUAAAAAUUGAAAUCCAAUUUGUAAGGCUGAAUUACCAUUAUCCGUU